GCAUACUGUUGGGUCCUCUGUAGCUUCCUCUGUGCUUCUCUUAAUUUUACUCUCACUUCUUUCUCUUUAAUUUUUUAAUCUUCCUUGUUUUUUUGUCCCACUCUGCUUCCCCUUGCACUCUGUGCAUGUUUCUCUCCUUGCAUCUCUAGUUUUUGUUUCCUUUCUCAGAAGUCUGUCUGUGUUUGUCAUCUUCUUCCUCUCCUUCUGUGUCCUUUAUUGUUCUCUCUUUGUAGUAGUUCUAGGAGGAUGGAUUACAAUGGAAAAUGUCUUUUUUCCCCCUGCUCCUCAUUGAGGGUCUUUGAGUGUGAAAUAUUGACUGUUACUGUGUGUAUGCGGACAUCUUUGUGCAUGGCUGUGACUUACUGCACGUACUUGUGCGAAUGUGUGUGCGUGUAGGUGUGUGUUUCAGACAUGGAGAUCAACUUUGUGCUGGUGUGCAUGAUGCUGGCAGCCAGCGUGACACCAGCGUCUGCUGCAGCACAGCCGGGUAUCAUGGAGAGCCUCCUAUUGGCCGCCCAGCAGCGUCCCUGGCUCUGGAGUGUCUAUGUCUUCACUGUUGGACUUCCCGUCAUUCUCUUCAUUAGCUUCAUGUGGCCUGACAAGAGGUUUGGGCCCCCUGAUCAACCCUAUUACUAUAAGAAGUCUGAUGAUGCUCAACCAGACGAUCUGGAGUUCUCGCAGCGGACACAAUCGGUGGAUACCAAAGGAAAGGCCGGCAGAGCUGUAACAAGGAGAAGAGACGCUCGUUGUAACCAGGGGAAGUCCGACUUAGACCUGAAGGAUCAUUGAUCAGCGCAGGAAAGCACCGCCAACUCGCAACAGGAUGCUGAUCGAUCACAUCUACGGCCAGUCGUGCUGAUGACUGGAUACAGUGUGAGCACAACAAUGCCUGAGGAAUGACUUACAGAAUCUAUUAUGGCUUUGCUUAAUUGACAGUGUCAGAAUAGUCACAUUUGAAUUAUUUAUACAUCAAUAUUUAUAAUAAUUAUUUCUAAAU